UGUUGGUUGGGGGGUGGCUUCCCUACCAAACGCGGAGGGCGGAGGGAGUUUCUUGGUGAAUAUCUCCUGCAAUGAUCUGUAAUCCAGGGGCGGGGAGCAAGGGCCCUGUUGUGAAUCUUUUGCAGUGGCUCAGGGGUAGACGAAACUUCCAAAGAAUUCUAGUAAACAUGCAUGAGUACAUUUGUGGCGCAUUGCUACGCAAAGAUGCCUGAGAUAGAUGUUCUACCUACUUGUACCACGUUCUACCAAUAAUGGGCAAGUCGGGCAGGCCCUGCAACCAGAGCCGUUGUGACCUAGUCAUUACGUUGACAUGAGUGUCGGUGACCUCUACCUUUCCAUUACUUCUGGCACAUCUUGUCCUGAACAGCCCCACUGGGUGUGGUCUUCGAACCAUCGGCCUCCAGUCGACGCCCGGAUCAAAGCUGAUCUGAAUGCGUCAAGAUGAUGAACGCCCUAACCACCCCCAACCUCCCCUGGCAGGGGGGGCCUGAAGACGGGGGGGUCCUUGGAUACGGCCAUGAAAAGGCCGAUCUGAAUGCGUCAAGAACCCGGGCUCAAGGAUUCAACAUCAACCAAUCGCGACCGAUCAUGACCAUCCCGACCCACCCUUCAAGUCGAGUCUGAAGCAUUGGAAGGCGGAGCGAGGACCAAGGCUGCGGGAGCUAGAUGCAGUGGCCCAGUCAUAUUGCAGUGAAGGCUGCGGGCGCGGUCGACAUCAAUGGGGUCUUCACCAGGCAAUUGGACAUCUCCUAUGAGGACUUGCCAGUCUAUGGCAAUCUGAAGGAGUUUAGCCUGUCGGCGUGCCGCUCUCCUGAUGAAACUGGACAGCUCCAGUGGGGCUGGAUCAUUGGUCGAGAUGGUGUUCCAGCCUAUGGUUGCGUCGCCGAGCGGAAGGAGAGCAUCCCGAUGAGUGGAUGGCAAUGCUUUCAAGGUCCACCCCCUGCUCCCACCUUACACCUCCUCAGCGCCUCCGAGUUGCCCCAGUUUUCCCUGGAGGAAGCACGACAAAGAGCCUUCGCUGGGGAUCUGCACUUGGCGGUGAAGGCUUUCCGAGAAGUCUUUCACUACAAGUCCAUGCUCUUUGCGUCUGGGAGGGGCUGUGCCAGGCUCCAUGUGGAGUUGGCUCAGCUCUUAUGCAGGUGCCAGCAGAAGGAUGCAGCUCUGGCUGAAGUAAAGGAGGCCCUCAACUUGUGGCCCAGCUUACCUGAAGCACUUCUGUUGAAAGCGCAGCUUUACGAAGAGACAGAUGAUGGCCCGGCCGCCUUACUGGCAAAGCAGUGCUGGCUGAUGCUCCCCGAAGGGCAGAAGAAGCUGCGGAAGGAGUGUCAGGAGCUGCUGGAGAAUUUGGGAGAGGCCCUGGAUGCUUCUUUACCUUGCUGCCUGGCACCCUGCUACCUGGAGGGGGUUGACGACGAGGCUUCGGAGGAAGGGCUUGACGAGGCUUCGGCUUCGCAUGUGGAGAGUUUGGAGGUGAAGGGGUCAUCCCUCAAGGAGGUCAAUGGAGUCUAUGAGCCUUGCAGAGAUCAGAUCUCCAACCACUGUCCAAGCUUUGUCAAUGGCCAUGGCUUCCGGCUCUCUCUGGAGGUUUUGCCGGCCCCAAAUGGGGAGGCCACAAGAGGCUGGGUCAUUGGAAAAGAUGCCGCGGGCUAUUUCGGUACCAAAGACUUGGACGAUGAGCGGCGGUUCCCCUUGGAAGAUGGCAAAUGGUCAUGCUUUGCAGCAGCUAGAGGAGCAACCGCUCCAACCUCUUCAGUUGCAAAUGUUGCAAAGGUGGAUUCGGCCAUUGAAAAGGGAUACCAAGCGCGGCUGGAGGGGCGAGGCGAAGAAGCAGUCGCACUCUUCCGAAGCUGCUUGAAGAUGUCGAGGAUCAGACGCGACCUGCGUCGAGUGGCCCUCGUUUAUACUGAACUGGCCGGCUCCUUCCGAGAGAUGGAUCGUUUGGAGGAAGCCCAAGAGGCGGUGCGGAGGGCCCUGGAGAUUUGGCCUGGACAUUGGGAGGCCUAUUUAGAGGCGGCCUCCAUUUGGUCCAAGCUGCAUCGGGCGCGAGAGGCUUCCGUCCAGCUCCGGCAGCUCCUGGUGGCACGGGAUGCGGCUGACGGCCGGGCGCAGCUGGCGCUACUGGCACAGCUGGAGCGGGUGGAUGCGCCUGGCAUGUUGGAGCUGAAGGGUUGGAUGCAAAACCAUGGAGAAUUGCCUGUGAUUGCAGACUACUUGGCCCGUGAUCGCUCCCAAACAUCUCAAGCCAACAACGGAAACGCGCAGGGCGAGAGCGGACCGGAAGCUGAUUUUGUGCUGGAGGAUCAGCCGACGGAGGUUUUUGCCCACUGGACCCUAGCUGUGGCAUGUCAAGCACGUGAUGUGGACAUCAGAUUCCAGGACCAGUGGCUGUUGGUGCGUGUCCAGGACCAAACACUCUUCGAAGGUGAGUUGAUGCACAAGAUCCAACCCAAGUCCUCUGGCUGGACCUUUUCGUCUCCGGAGCUCACGGUAUGUUUGGCCAAGGCUCCUCACAAAAAUGGGUGGCCGAAAUGGGAGGUGCUCCACAAAGAGGACCAGGCAAGCAGAUUACAUCGGCUACAAGCUUUACCUUUCGACCAAAAGGCCGUUCGCUGGAUGUAGCAAUGCCUCAACAACCCCACAGUGACGGAUCAACUCCAGUGACGGCUGCUGGCGGCUCCUGGAUCCCGGAGAUGUUGCGAAAGUCGAGGCUGUUGGCUCUUGGGAUAUAUGGAUAUUGCAUUUGCAACAUGGAGCUAGCAGCUAGGUCCCAUCUCAUUGAAACUAUUCCUCAAGCGCGCGGAACGACAGCACGUGGCCAUGACUGGUAGCGUCGCACAAGUGUCGCUGAGCGAA